GAUACGGCCAGAGUACUGACGUCAUGGUUCAGCAGCUUGCCGUAACGACGUUACUAUGGUUACUAUGGACAGUUUGUUUGGUCAUUACUAUCGACGCCAGACGGCAUCACCAUAACUAUAUAUUUACAGGGGAUAUUGAUCAUAACUCAAGCCCGCCACCAGCCCACCARUACUGGUUGUACCAAGGUGACAUGAAACUCGCCGAAUAUCAAGACGACAUGGUUGACAACCCCAACAAAAAGAUCGAUAUUACGAGGGCGUUUUCGCAAGGAGUAGAAGAAAAGAGAAUAUGGUUUCGAGGAAUUAUACCUUAUGUUAUUGACUGCAGUCUCAAAAGCAUGCCUGGUUUGGUCGCCAAAAUUAAGCGGGCGAUGAAAGAGUGGGAGUCGAAAACUUGCGUGACAUUUGUAGAGCGACAAGAUGAACAGGACUAUGUCACGUUAAUGCGUGGUACACACUGCUAUAGUACUGUCGGCAGAGUCAAAGGGGAGAAAGUAUUGUCAGUAGGUCAUGGCUGCGAGUAUCAUAACGUUUUGCUACACGAGAUUGGACAUACUAUUGGAUUCUGGCAYGAACAGAGUCGACCCGACCGAGAUGAACAUGUACGAGUUCUUUGGAGGAACAUUAGACAAGGAUGGGAAAGUGCGUUUGUAAAGCUWAGCUACAAAGUUAGAAGUUCGAUGCUUCUUCCUUACGAUUAUUCUAGUAUUAUGCACUAUCCGUUCAACGCAUUCUCAAAGAGUUCAAGAAAACGAACCAUCAUCGCUCUGAAACCUGUCAUCGCUCGACCUUAUAAAAAGCUGUCAAAGUUUGAUAUUCUGAGAGUUAACAUGCUAUAUGGUUGCAAAGGUACAUAYGCCAAUGACGUCGAGAGCACCACCGAGUCUUCGUCCAUCCAUGCUUAUCGUAGACUAAGAAGAGGCGUCGAGGAUGUAGAAGACGUUGAGCUGUACAAAUCCCAGAGAAAGCAGAGAUCACUAGAAUGCAAGAACAAUGAUGGUGACGAGGCCUGUCAAUACUGGGCUGAAAAAGGCUUUUGCAUCACAAGAAAAGAUUUCAUGUUAACWGACUGCGCAAAAAGCUGCAACACAUGUAGUACAGAUGAGCACUACAGACCCAGUCUUCAACCGCACGCAACUGUUGUCUCUUAUGCCACAUCUGUUCGAAUUGGUAUCGUGGAACGUGAACGGCGAACAAGAAGACGCGACAGUAAAAGAAAAGCAAGAAAAGAAGUCCGAGAAGUGUACCGMAAACGGCUGAGAUUGUGUGUCGACAAGAAAAGAGAAUGCGCRUACUGGUCGAGUCGGGGUUUCUGUGAAGCGAGACCUGAUUUAAUGUUGAGRCAAUGCAGAAAAAGUUGCGAAAAAUGUUAUCCAGACCCCUCAAACUGCGUUGACCGUGACUCUCGUUGCAAGUACUGGGCCAAGCACCACUUUUGCAGACGGAAAAGCUACAAAACUGUCCUAAAAUCAUUUUGUCAAAAGAGCUGUGGRCACUGUAUUCCUGAUAAGAAUGCCUGUAGAGAUAAGGAGUACGAUAAAUGCCGCCAAUGGAGAAAACAUGGUCUUUGCCAUUCACGCGAUAAGGAAGUKGCUGAAUCAAUGAAGAUAAUGUGUGCUAGGUCUUGUGGAGUUUGUGGAGAACAAAAACAACACGAAGAAGCGAUUAAAAGUCUUUGCAAAGAUAAAUUCAAGACUUGCAAGCAAUGGCAAAAGCAAGGACAUUGUAAAGCUAAAAAGAAUUUCAUGAAUAAAUUCUGUAAAGAGAGUUGCAAUACCUGCUUCACUUCAGACAACCACUAUGAAGGUAUGUGACACCGCGUUGCGUGA